CGCUUUUUUUCCGCGUCGCAUUAUCCACCCCACGAUCGGCUUAUAUCCAUCGAUCUAUACAUUCAAACCGCCAUAAUGAGGAUCGUCGAUCCCCAAUCCGCCGUCCUCACCAAUAUCGAGGUCCUAGCCUAUGUAACGGCCAAUCCACCACGGCGACCACCGAACCCGCCGCCGAACUCAAGACACUGGGUUCCGAGCCCGGAUUUGCGGGAUCACAAUACUGUCGUUAAGGAGAUUCAUAACUACGUCACCCGUCUCUCCCCUCACGUUCUCAACUAUCCUCAAUACACACACCAAUCCCCGUCGCAAAUACAAGCUCAGUCACAGACCCAACAGUCAUCCAUAUCUCCUUCCCAGCUCAAUACCCCCACGCCGCUAGACCAUGCUCUUCGUGCGCUUGUCACCAGAUUACAGCCGUAUGGGCUAACGAAGGGUGAAGUGUUGAUGAUUGUCAACCUGGGUGUGGGACUAAUCACACCCGCGACGGAGGGUGACAACGAAGCAGGCGAGGGAGAGGAGGAUGAGAAUAUGGAACAGGAGAAUGUGGAGGAGACGAAUGGGAUGGAUGUGGACGGGGCGGAAGCAAGUGAAGAACAGGGGGAGGGGGAGAUGGCAGAGGAGGAUUACGGUGCGCUUGCGCUGUUGGACACCGUCAUUGAGGAGCGAGAGGAGCGAUUGAGCAAUGAGGACGUCGCGAAUGUCUUGGCCAUCAUUCGGGAGACGCUCGGCUCGAAGAGGCAACCGGAAGGAGAGGGCAUGGAUGAGGAGGGAUAGAAUUCUCAGGUUAUAAAUAUACCAAGCUUCUUUCAUACUGCGUGCCAUAGCCAUUUUUAACUUUAUAUCUAUCUAUACAACGAAUCUGGUAUAUGUUGGGGUAUCGGGCAGACACUCCUUCAUCCCAGGUGAGAAGGAAUAUCAAU